AUGGAAUAAUAAUACAUACUCUGCCCAUCGUGCAAAAUAAGUGUAGGUUUCUUAAGUUGUUGUACUUGCCAUAGAAAAUUUGAUCUAGUCCCCAGUAAUGGAUUAUAAGUGCAUUGUCCAUUAUGUAUAGAUGUAUUUGUACAUUAUAUUACGGUAGUGUAAAUUGGAUACCUUUUACCAAAGUGAUGCAGACGUAUAGUUACAUUAACAAUGCCAUAGAAAUUCAAAAAGGAUGUUUUAUCAUUGUGAAUGUUGCAAUGGCUACUUUUGCAAGUGUGUGUAAGUUUAUAAGUUAAUUUUUAGAGAACGAUAAUUGAAAAGAUAAGUAAUUUUAAAUCCAUGUCCAUUUUCUAAAAGCAGAUGA